GCGCCAAUGGCGGUCGCCACCGCUCCAUUCCAUUCCACAGCCAGCGCAGGAAGGCAGCCGCUAGCUGCUAGUGUUCGUUAUUACGUCCUCUGCUCCCGUCUCAGAAGCUGAGGUGCCGGCAAUGGCGGCGACCAACGGCGGCGCGCCCCUGGUGGUGUUCGACUUCGACAAGACCAUCGUCGACUGCGACAGCGACAACUGGGUCGUCGACGCGCUCGGCGCCACCGACCGCUUCGACGAGCUGCUCCGCCGCCUCCCCUGGAACCACGCCAUCGACGCGAUGAUGGGGGAGCUCCACGCGGCGGGCAGGACGGCGGAGGACGUCCGGGCCUGCCUCCGGGCGGCGCCGCUGUCCCCGCACGUCGCCGCGGCCAUCAGGUCCGCGCGCGCGCGCGGCUGCGAGCUGCGGGUCCUCAGCGACGCCAACGCCUUCUUCAUCGACGCCGUCCUCGCUCACCACGGCCUCGCCGGCUACUUCUCCGGCACCGACACCAACCCGGCCCACGUCGACGCCGCCGGGCGCCUCAGGAUCCGCCCCUACCACGAGUUCGCCGCCCCGGCCCCCGGCCACGGCUGCGCGCUCCCCUCCUGCCCGCCCAACAUGUGCAAGGGCAAGGUGAUGGAGCGGAUCCUCCUCCAAGAGGAGGAAGCGGCGGCCGCGGCGGGGAGGCGGAGGAGGGCCGUGGUGUACCUCGGCGACGGCCGGGGCGACUACUGCCCGUCCCUGAAGCUGCGCGAGGGCGACUACGUGAUGCCGCGGGCAGGGUACCCCGUGUGCGACCUCAUCGCGGCCGCGCCGCCGGCCGCCGCCGUGCGCGGGUGGGACGGCUUCGAGGACCUCGCCAGGGUGCUGCUCGGCAUCGUCGACGCCGAGAUCGCCCGCGCCGUGGCGGAGCAGGGUGAGGUCCCCGCCGUCGUGGUGCCGGACUGCCGCGCGCUGCCGCUGCCGGCGCGCCAGGAGGCGGCGCUCCUCCCCCAGGCGGUCCGCGUGCCCAACUGACUGAUCGGUUGGGUGAAGGCCCGCCAAAUAACUCCAGCCUCCAUUGAUUUGCUAGGAGCUCGAGCAGGGAUUCUGCCUGCUGCAGCAUCUGCUGCUUCGCCUCAAAACUGAAAGUCUUUCAGUGUGUCCCAUGACAUAUGCUUUACCAUCCAGAGCCAACAACCAACGUGUUCUGCCUCUCUCCGUGAUAUAUGUCUAUUGAUUAUUGAAUAAGCAGAUUGUUGACGGUCAAAA